UGUCAUGGCGAGAGCCGAGCAGUGGUGCUGAUGUGGAGAGAAGCCCAGGGUACCACUAAUUGAGGGAGUGAGGAAGGGAGCAGCUCGCUUCUAACGGGACUGCAGCGUCCUGAGCUGGUGACAGACCUACUCUGCAGCUCUCAGUGGAUUCAGCUCUCACCUUCCAGAAAACAUGACCCUCGCUGCCUACAAGGAAAAGAUGAAGGAGCUCCCGCUGGUGUCUCUGUUCUGCUCCUGUUUCCUGGCCGACCCCCUGAAUAAGUCAUCCUAUAAAUAUGAAGGCUGGUGUGGGAGACAGUGUAGGAGAAAAGAUCAAAGCCAGCGGAAAGACAGUGCUGACUGGAGAGAAAGAAGAGAGCAGGCUGACACGGUGGACCUGAACUGGUGUGUGAUCUCCGACAUGGAAGUCAUCGAGCUGAACAAAUGCACCUCCGGCCAGUCCUUUGAAGUCAUCCUGAAGCCGCCCUCCUUUGAUGGGGUGCCCGAGUUCAAUGCCUCCCUCCCCAGGCGGAGAGACCCAUCGCUGGAAGAGAUACAGAAGAAACUAGAAGCAGCUGAAGAGCGAAGGAAGUACCAGGAAGCUGAGCUCCUGAAGCACCUCGCCGAGAAACGGGAACACGAGCGGGAGGUGAUCCAAAAAGCCAUCGAGGAGAACAAUAACUUCAUCAAGAUGGCUAAAGAAAAACUGGCCCAGAAGAUGGAAUCCAAUAAGGAGAACCGGGAGGCCCACCUUGCUGCCAUGUUGGAACGGCUGCAAGAGAAGGAGCCGCCUGCUGCGCGGUGACUCCCGGGACCCGAUCGGUGGCCUCGUCCCAUGGACAAGCACGCGGAAGAGGUGCGGAAAAACAAGGAGCUGAAGGAAGAGGCCUCCAGGUAAAGCCCAGAGGCCAAAGAAGUUUCCAGAACAGCCGGACAGCUCCAGCAGCUCCGCGUUCCCGAGGCAGCCUCGCCCGCCGCUGGCUGCUCUCGCAGCACUGGGGUUUGGGGGGAGGGGGGCGACCAGGGGUGUUCCCUCUGCUUUUGGUGUUUGUACAUGUAAAGAAUUGAUCAGUGAAGCCAUCCUAUUUGUUUCUGGGGAACAAUGAUGGGGUGGGAGAGGGGAGAGGAGAGAGGUGGGAAAGGAGAUGGAGAAGAUUCAUGGACAUUGCAACCCUGCCCACCGCAGACUCAGGUCAAGUCCAGGCACCAUGUUGAGAAGUUGAAAACAGAGCAGAAGUCUGAGGGAAGGGCAGAGUCCUGAGUGGGGCAGCGACUGCAGGGUGUGGCCACCUGCAAGGGGGUGGGGGGUCCCAGAGGUGUUGCUUCAGCCCUGCAACAGGUGGGAUGAGGUCUGAGUGUGUGUGUGUUAACCAUCAUCUUUUGAUCAUCAUGACCAAUGAAACAUUUAUUCCAAGUCUCCCGUUCUUUAUUUCCUGAAUCAGUCCUUUGGGUGAUGGGUAGAAUGUUCUUGAAUUUGGUUCCCACCCUCCACGUGGCAGAUGCCCCUUUGGUCCCUCAGUUUGACCAUCAGAGCAUCUGAGAUGCUGAGGUGGGUUGAAACAUGCCAGCCUUUGGCAUAACUGAAAAGUUUGCUGCUUCUCUUCCCCCUUAUCCUCUCUCCCUCCUCCUCCUCCUCCUCCUUUUUGUGGGCUGGUCCCUUACUGGAUUUGGGGCAUGGAAUUGAUGAGAAAAGAAACCCAAUCUUCCUUUCUAUGGACUGACAUUCUAAUAUGGUCCCCAAGAUGCACAGUAAGAAGGAAGUCCUCCUCACUUUGGGGGUGUGGGAUUCUAGGUGAUCACCAAGAGCAAGUGAGGAAAUAAAAUGUUUGUUAGUGAAAAGCAGAGGGACUCAUUGCAGACCCAGCAGUCAGAACACCAGCCAUGGCGGGUAAAGGCGUUCCCUCCUCUACUCCUGCAGAAAGGAGCCGGGGGUGCAGCCUGUGUGGACAGGGUCCCAGGGCAUCUCUCCUCCGUGCCCCACACACUGUGUAGUUUGUACAGCUUUGUGAAUAAACUGUUUGGUACUUGUUGUGCACCCA